AUGUCAUCAUCCACUCCAUCCGACACCUUCAUCUCUGAAACUAUCAAACAAUACACACCACGAGCCGCGAACUACGACGCGGCCAAUGGUGGCUGGCAUGCCGAACUGGCCCAUGACUUCGUGGCCUGGCUUCCUCCCCCAAAAGGUGGUGCAGUGCUGGAUCUGGCAUGCGGAACUGGGCUGGUGACUCUUGCCCAGGCCGAAGCCGUCGGCCCCGAUGGAGUUGUCGUGGGAAUGGACGUCACAGCGGCGAUGCUCGACGAAGCAAGACGCAAGACACGUCCACGGGACGGCGGGCAAGUGCAAUGGGUACUGGCCGACAUCACAGACUUGUCUGGACUUGCCGCCAUCCAAGAAGUUGUCACCCACCGAGGUGGAUUCGAUGUCAUCUCAUGCUGUUCCGCCCUCGUUCUGCUCCCAGACCCAGGCCAAAACAUCCAACGCUGGGCGAAUUAUCUCAAACCUGGCACGGGGAAGAUCAUCAUCGAUGUGCCCACUGAGGACCAUACCCUCCAGUAUCUUUCCACUGGCCCAUUGCGACGUGCAAUGGGCAAGCCAUUCAUCUUCGACCGGGAGUGGGUGCGCAAUGUCCAUUCCCUGGAGGAGCUGUAUGAGAAUGCAGGAUUGGAGGUGGCCAAGUCGUUCCGGACGAGGAGUUACGUUCCCCAACGCUGGUGGGAGGCGGACGAGGCGAUGAAAGCUUUCGAGGAGCAAUCACGGACUACCUUUGAAUGGGUCAUGGAGGAUGAUGCCCUCCUGGAGAAGGCCAGACAGGUGUGGCCGACGAUCUGGGAACAGCAUCUCACUCAAGACGGGAAGCUGUGGGAUGGUCAUGCGUUGUACGUGUCGAUUGGUAGGAGGAGGCAAUGA